GUCGCGAAAAUCCAAGGGGAGGAUAGUGACUAAGUAGAUGACGUGAAGACGAGGACAAAACUUCUCGUCGGAUCCUGAACGGCUUUCCAAGUCAAUCGCAGUCAUGGCAGCAGUCGAAGCCACCACCAAGGCCUUGGAAUCGGCCAAGAUCUCCAAAACCAAAGAAUUGAAAGGCACCGAGAAACGCGACACCCUCACAAAAUGGGAGAAGAUAUAUCAAAAGAAAUGGCAAGAAGAAGGAGUAUUCCAGCCCAAUGCGCCCUCGACCUCAGAAGUCCCCCUCAACUCCAUCUCCGCCGCCGAGCUUCGAACCCAGCACCCCAAAUUCUUUGGCACAAUGGCGUAUCCUUACAUGAACGGUACUUUGCACGCAGGGCAUACUUUCACCAUCAGCAAAGUCGAGUUUACGGCGGGCUUUGCGCGUAUGCAAGGCAAGAGAACUUUGUUCCCUCUUGGGUUCCACUGCACGGGCAUGCCAAUCAAAGCCUGCGCCGACAAACUCAUAGAUGAGAUCAAGCUCUUUGGGGAGAACUUCGAGGGAUAUACCGACCAGGAUGCUGCCGAUGACAAGGCAAAUACGGCACCGGCACCGAGUACACACCAUGAAGAUGUUACAAAGUUCACUGCAAAGAAAGGGAAGGCUGCCAGCAAAGUGGUCAAGAUGAAGUACCAAUUCCAGAUCAUGCGCGCCAUAGGCAUACCUAUGGAGGAUAUUCACAGGUUCGCCGAUACAGCACACUGGUUGGAAUAUUUCCCCGUCCUCUGCCAACGAGAUCUUAUUAGUUUUGGGGCCAGAAUCGAUUGGAGAAGAUCAUUUGUCACUACGGAUGCAAACCCCUACUAUGACGCUUUUGUGCGAUGGCAGAUGAAUCGUCUCAAGGAGUUGAAGAAGAUCAAGUACGGGAAGAGAUAUACGAUUUACUCACCAAAGGAUGGACAACCUUGUAUGGACCAUGACCGAAGUGAGGGGGAAGGCGUUGGACCACAAGAAUAUACGGCGUUGAAGUUAAAGGUCAAGGAGUGGGCACCAGAAGCUGAGGCGGUGAUCAAGGGAAAGGUCCCUGAGGGCGUUGAAGUCUUUUUCGUACCUGCAACCUUGAGACCAGAGACUAUGUAUGGACAAACAUGUUGUUUUGUGGGACCAAAGAUUAAGUAUGGCGUUUUCAAAGUUUCAGAAAAGGAGUUCUAUGUUAUCACAGACCGAGCUGCACGGAAUAUGGCGUAUCAAGGCAUCUUCCCAGGGAACGGCGUUUUCGAAAAAGUGGCAGAGGUUUUAGGUUCAGCCUGUGUUGGUACUUUGGUCAAUGCGCCACUUUCGGUCCACAAGGAGGGAGUCCGGAUCUUGCCUAUGGAGUCUGUCCUUCCUACAAAGGGUACUGGUGUGGUCACAUCAGUUCCAUCUGACAGUCCAGAUGACUACGCAACAAUCAUGGAUCUUGCGAAGAAAGCAGAUUACUACGGAAUCAAGAAGGAAUGGGCGGAGUUGGAGAUCGUCCCAAUUAUCAAGACACCUUCAUAUGGUGAUCUUGCUGCACCUUUCUUGGUCAAGAAGCUCAAGAUUGCUUCACCAAAGGACACCAAGCAGCUUGAGGAGGCGAAGGAACUUGCCUACAAGGAAGGCUUCUAUCAAGGUGUCAUGACCAUUGGCGAGUUCAAAGGCGAGAAGGUUGAAGCUGCCAAGCCUAAGGUCAGACAACAGCUUCUCGACGCCAAUGAAGGAUUUGCAUAUUCAGAGCCAGAGCGGAAAGUCGUCAGUAGAUCCGGGGAUGACUGCUGUGUGGCCUUGAUGGAUCAAUGGUACCUCGACUAUGGAGAGGACUCGUGGAAGCAGAUUGCCUUGAAGUAUGUGGACAAUGCUCAUGGAAAGGGGUUGAACACAUAUACCGCUGAGACUAAGAACGGAUUCGAAGGUGUUUUGAACUGGCUCAACCAAUGGGCAUGUGCGAGGACAUACGGUCUUGGGUCCAAACUCCCUUGGGAUCCUCAAUUCUUGGUCGAGAGUUUGAGUGACAGCACGAUCUACAUGGCUUAUUAUACCAUCGCUCAUUACCUCCAUAAAGACAUCUAUGGGAAGACACAAGGUCUUGCAGGUGUCAAGCCAGAGCAGAUGAAGGAUGAGGUAUGGGACUACGUCUUUGCACGACGAGAGCUCAGCGACGAGAUUCUCAAGGAUAGUGGCAUAUCAAAGGAGGCUCUUGCGUCAAUGCGAAGAGAGUUCGAAUACUGGUAUCCACUCGACCUUAGGGUCUCAGGAAAGGAUCUUAUUCCCAAUCAUCUCACAUUCUUCCUCUAUAUCCAUCUCGCAAUCUUCCCACAGGAAUAUUGGCCUAAGGGAGUCCGAGCGAACGGCCACUUGCUCUUGAACGGAGAGAAGAUGUCCAAGUCAACCGGAAACUUCAUGACUCUUGAUGAAAUGGUCAAGAAGUACGGUGCUGAUGCAAGCAGAAUUGCUUUGGCCGAUGCUGGUGAUGGAGUAGCAGAUGCAAAUUUCGAAGAGGAUGUAGCAGACAACAACGUUUUGCGUCUCUUCACCCUCCGAGAAUGGUGCGAGGAGCAGGUUAAAGAUGAGGCUAAUCUCCGUUCCGGACCAAAGAAUGACUUCCUUGACGCCUUGUUCGAGAACGAGAUGAAUUCCCUUGUUCACGAAGCAAAGCAGCAGUACGAAGACACGAACUACAAGCUCGCUCUCAAGUCUGCUUUGUACGACUUCACCAGUGCUAGAGAUUUCUAUCGCGAAGCUAGUGUCGCGGCUGGAAUCAAGAUGCACAAGGAUUUGAUCUUGCAAUACAUUGAAUUGCAAGCUCUCCUCCUCACAGUCAUCGCACCGCAUUGGUCAGAAUACAUCUGGCUCGAAGUCCUCAAGAAGCCCUCAACCAUCCAAAACGCCUUGUAUCCCGUCGUCCCAGCAGCUCGCGCCGAUCUCACCGCAGCACGCGAAUACGUCCGAAUGACAAGCAGCAACAUCACCUCUGCCGAAGCAGCUCAACAAAAGAAGAAAGCCAAAGGGAAAGAUAUUGGCUAUGACCUCACGAUGCCAAAGAAACUCACCAUCUUCGCGGCCGCCAAGUUCCCGGCCUGGCAAGAAAAGUACAUCGACCUCGUGCGGGAAGCUUGGCAUCUGGACACUAAGACCAUCAACGAUAAAGAGUUGAACGGCAAGAUCGCAAAGAUGGGCGAGAUGAAAAAGGCAAUGCCGUUUGUGCAGGGCUUGAAGAAGAGACUCGUUGGCGGGGAGAAGCCUGAGUUGGUGUUCAAUCGCAGGUUGGCAUUUGACGAGCUCAAGACGUUGGAGAAUAUGGUGCCUGGCUUGAAGAAGGCGGCUGGCUUGGCGGUCGUGGAGUUGGUGCAGGUUGAGGAGGGGGGAAAGAAGGGUCACGUGGUUGGCUCGGGGAAGGCUGUCGAGGGGUUGCCGCCUAAUGCAGAGGCUGCUGUGCCUGGCGUGCCGACUUUCAACUUUGAGAAUGUGGAGGUUGAGUCUGUUGCUAAGGCUUGAGAUUUGAGGAGAUGUGGAGUGUGUGGUUGAUUGGUUCUUUGUGGGUUUUCUAUGAGUGAAUAGACAAAACAUUUCAUGAAUGCAUUUGAUUGCUUUGCGAAUCGAUUCGUCUCAUUGGCUUCACUCUGCCCAUCCAACCUUCCCAUACGUUAGUCAACGGUUGUGCUCUGCUUGUGUCUGAUGGUCAUCUCGUUUUGCUCGGCCGUCGAAAAUAUUCCGUUUCUAGCAUGAAGUCAUCAAUUUCAUUCAUAAUAUCAACCUCCAAUAAUG